GACGAGAAAGAGAGAAAAGUGAAAAAUAGUGUUCAACAUACACAAAAAACAAACUUAAAGAGAAUUAUUUCUCUGUUCAUUUCUAUAGACUGUAUUUUCAUGGGUCAUAUACCGGCCUAGUUAUUAUGACUAUUAUUUCUCGUUCCUCCACUUGUUCCUCCACUUCUACCAUUGUAAUUCAUAAUCGACUAUUGUGUUUACCAAUGUUUAUAUCGGUUCAUUUGUGGAAAUUUUAUUAAGAAAAACACGUGCGAAGUCUUAUCGAGCAGAAUCAUCCUGUACCUGCCAAUUUUAUCUAUCGGUCUAUCUGAUCUCAUUUACGAUUAAGAAAAUUGUAACAAGGAUUGAACAAUGACAAGUAUUUAUUAAACCACUGUACCAAAAGAAGGAUUUGUAAGAGAAAACUAAAAAGAAAGAAACAGCGGAUUUUCUUGCGAUCACCGAUUUUUUAAUAUUAAAGUAACAAGCAUGGCGGAGAAAUGUGCAAGCACGAACGACGAAGAUUGUCCAACAGUGAAGAAAGUCAAGUUGGACGAUGGAAGCAGCGACGUAGUUGAGAAAAAUUUGAGCGAGAAUGACACGAGUGAGACAGAACUGAAUCUAUCAGAUUUCAAAGUGACUAGAGUGCUGCAGAAUAACUGUGCUCGAAAGUUGAUAUGCAUGGAAGGGACAUUUGAGAAUCGCGAAGGCCAGGCGGUCGUUCUGCUUGAGCAAAAGAGUUUUUCUCAGGACAAAGUGGUCUUGGAGAAAGAUUUCUUCGAUGGAAAGACGACCUUUCGAAAGAUAUUCACCAAUGAUGUCUACAGAAAUUACAAUUGUUUUCCAACCGAGGAAAAUAAUGGUCUACACGUGACUGUGAUAUAUCCUGCUUCUCAAACACACAUCGAUAAAUAUAAAAGACAAGAAUUGUAUGUGAUAGAUGAAACCUAUGAACUUUAUCAGCAGGUCACUCUCCCUUACAUUGAGUCAAUGAGUCUGAGUUUGGAGUGGAUUACUAAUAUUUUGGAGCACAAAGCUGAACAAGAAAGUAUUAUUUACGAGGACCCUGACAAGGAUAAUGGUUUUGUAUUAGUAACAGAUUUUAAAUGGGAUAGACAGAUGGAUACAUUGAAGUUAUUGGCAUUGCCAUUUAAAAAAAUAAGAUCAUUGCGAGAGUUGAAUGGGUCUCACCUUCCUUUAUUAAAAAAUAUACGAGAUGCUGGAACGGCAGCGAUUAGUAAAAAGUUUAACAUACCUGUGUCUCAGCUCAGAAUAUAUUUCCAUUACCAGCCGUCAUAUUAUUACCUACAUGUGCAUUUCUGCUAUCUUAUGUUUGAGGCACCAGGAAUAUAUGUGGAAAAAGCGCAUCUUUUAUCAACAGUUAUAAGAAAUUUGGAACUAAUGUCGGACUAUUACACGAAAGCAGUACUUUCGUAUGUCGUGUUUAAAGGAAGUCCGCUUUAUGAAAAGUUUAAAUCGCAUGGAGCUUUACAAACGUCAACGUGUGAAACACAAGAGACUGUAAAUAUAGUGUAAAUAAGACUGCUUUAUUUCGAGAAAACUUCUGUUGCAAUAUAGCUACAAUGAAGAAACAGAAAACUUCGAAAAUCAAAGAUGAUUAAAAAUUGACAUGAAACAUAAUACAUAAUUGCAAAAUCAAAUGUUGUGUUCAUCUACAAUAGGCGUAAUACUAUACAAUAAACUGUAAGAAAUUGACUUCACAUUUAACUGUGAUUAAUUGAUUUCUUAUGGCUAAUUGCACCAUAUUGCUUCCAUUGUAGAUAACCCUUUAUUACAUUAACACGAGAAAAAUUUACAUAAAAAUAGAUUGUACAAGAUGUAAUGUAAUAUAGAUUGGUAAGGGCGAAAACAAUAAAUAUAUUUCAUUACUUAUAAUUUCUCUUGUCGCUUUUAAACCUUUUUAUUCGUUUGUAUUUGUAUACGAUGCAUUGACACAUUUAGUAGAGAGUAAAGUAUUUCUGGAACAUGAGAAAAGAAACUUAUAUACAUAUACAUACGUACGUACAUAUAUCUGUGUAUGCAUUCUUGAUUUAUUAAAAAUUCAGUCACAAUCGCGUUGCGUAAUACAGAUUUUUUUUAGAUUUGCGAUAAUCAUUCACUUUCGUAUAUAAGAGCAAAGUAAAAACCAUCGUUUUCAAUACUAAUAGGAACCUGUAAGUAUAAUUAUGCUUUGAUCGUAACAUAAAAUGUGUGAAAAUUAAAUUUUAUAUUGCUGCGUUCUGUAUGAUAUUGUCAGCUAAUGCUUGCUUUUUAUAUUGCUCUGUAGUUGCUUACAUUGAAUGCAUUUUAUUCCGUUUAUAAAAAAGGGACCAUCGAUCGAAUCGAUGUUACUCACAAGACCGAUUUCUACAAGUUUAACUGUUGUUUCUACAAGCGAACCUACAAGAACUCGUUCAUUUUCAUUAAACGAAAUAACGUUUAUUAAAAAAAAUAAAAAAUGUCGGAUUGUGUCGCCAGUGUCAGCAUCAAUAUAAACGAUUCUCACAUAAAUCAUGGAAAUUCCUCUCCUUGUUUUUAAUCAUCGAGGAAAAGAAAGUUGUUAAUAUAUUUAUAAACGUGCAUCAAAUAAAAUCGUACAGCAAAUAAAAAUACAAUAUCAUUAAUCAUAUCACAGUGCAUCAGAAAGAGUUUUAAUAUCACUGUAGUCAUUGAUGUGUGAUAAACUAUACGCAAUAUAUCAGUUUUUACAAUGUUUAUUUUAAUAAAUAUUGCUGUGGAGAUUAUUUGUAGCACAAUAUACAAUAAAAUUAUCCAUUAUUAAUAUCAUCGAUAAUCUCUCUGCUUCCUUAUGUUUUAGAAAUCUUGCAUAAUUAUAUAUCAUUUAAAUGAAUAUUUGUAUAUUCGAAAAUAAUUCUUAGGUGUGCGCGUGUUUCUUUCCCAGCAAAUAAUUUUAUUUAUUUUAUACGGCUUUAGAAUUUUCCUUUUUUUU